ACAAUUUUGCGCUUUCGCGGCUAAGUGCUAGAGCAACAUCUGGAGGCGAUCACCGCAUCCAUGGCGAGAGAGACGAGCCCUGGCUUGAAGAUCCUCUGGCUCUGGACCUUUGGAACUGCCGCUGUGCUGGUGACGAGCGUGGUGAGGACGAGGAUGCAAGACAUGGAGAAGCUCAUGAACGCCGACCCGGAUCAUCAUCAUCCACCCCAGCAUCGUUCCGACGCCGCCGUCCUGCUCGACCCGUCUUCGGAGCAACCGGACCAAGCCCUUCGCGACGACGGCGAGGUUUAGCGGUUGCUCUCGUUCUGGACACGCACGCCAUGUGUUUGUUGAAUGUCCUCAGCGAGCUUUCAACCCCAAAAAAGAAAAAAAUGAUGGAAAGACGCGUCUUAUGAACUGCUUUCUCUGCAUCGCUUGAUGUUGACUGUGAUGCACUGAUUCAUAAACCUACUUGAUCAGUGGAGUUUUAGCUCUUAUAUGCAUUCUUGAUAAAGUUUUUCA